CUCUGUCCAACAAUGUUUGUGCUCUUUCUCUUGUACUUCUCAAGACUUGUCUUCUUCACCCUCUCCUCCUCCACUACUUCACACUCCACACUCCAAACUCAAAACACCCACAUGAAACUUGACCCAAAAUGACCAACCUUUUGUGUUUUUCUCAUCUUCUUGAAACAUCAAGAAACACCCACAUAAGAUUUGUAUAAAAUCUUCAACAUUUUUUUAUAAAUUGUUAAAAAAUGGGGUGUUGUUAUUCAAGACUAGAGAAAGAAGAAAUCGUUUCAAGAUGCAAAGCAAGAAAAAGAUACAUGAAACAGUUUGUAAAAGCAAGACAUGCAUUUUCUGCUUCACAUUGCAUGUAUUUAAGGUGUUUAAGAACCACCGGAUCCGCCCUUCUACAAUUCGCCACCGCUGAAACCACCCUACACCACCCGCCGGACCACCAUUUACCACCCACUCUCCCCACCCCUCCGCCGCCGCAACCACCCACUCCGCCGCCGCCACCUCCGCCGCCGAUGAGUCCGACGUCGGAAACAUGGACAACUUCCACCACCAACACCGCCACCACCCCACUCCCGCCGCCGCCGCCACCGCCGCCGUCGUCCACGUGGGAUUUCUGGGACCCGUUCAUGCCGUCGUCGACGAGAUCGGGGACGGUGGAUGAGGAAGAAUGGGAAGAUAGGUCGACCACUGUUCCGUCGGAGACGGUGGCCGCCACCACCGUUGGGGCGGCGAGUGUGGCGGCGCCGCCGUCCGCCGUUAGUGGGUUUUCUAAGAUCUCUGUGUCUACUGGUACUACUAGUGAAAUGGCGGUGGUGGUGUCGACAAAGGUUAAAGAUUUGGUGGAGAUUAUUAAAGAAUUAGAUGAGUAUUUUCUUCAGGCGGCGGAUUCCGGUGGGAAAUUGUCGGCGUUGUUGGAAGUUCCGGCGUGCACAUUUCCCGGCCAAGGGUCGUCAGGUAAAGUUCAAGGGUAUGGGAAGAAUUUGAGCCCGUUGUUCGGCUCGUGGAGCUCAACUCCGAAGUUAAAUGUGUUUGGAUGCGAUGGCAUGGGUGGAGUUACCGCGGUUGGUGGCAGUCUUGGUGUUGGGAGCCAUUGUUCUACGGUGGAGAGAUUGUACGCAUGGGAGAAGAAACUAUACCAGGAGGUUAAGAAUAUGGAGAGUUCAAAGAUUGAGCAUGCAAAGAGGGUAGAACAAUUGAGGAAAAUGGAGCUUAAGAGGGCUGAUUAUAUGAAGACUGAGAAAGCAAAAAAAGAGGUUGAGAAGUUGGAGUCUGUAAUGAUGGUUUCUUCGCAGGCGAUCGAGUCAACGUCGGAUGAAAUAGUCAAACUCCGAGAGGAAGAGCUUUACCCGCAACUUGUUGAGCUUGUUAAAGGAUUAAUGGGAAUGUGGAGGAAUCUAUAUGAAUGCCACCAAGUCCAAAUGCACAUAGUCCAGCAACUCAAGUACCUCCACGCCACCCAGUCAACGGACCCCACUUCCGAACUCCACCGCCAAGCGGGUCUCCAACUAGAGCUCGAGGUUCAACAAUGGCACCAAUCCUUCUGCAGCCUCGUAAAAAGUCAACGUGACUACGUCCAGUCGUUGACCGGUUGGCUCCGCCUCAGCCUCUUCCAGAUCGGGAAAACCGCGUUAUCACACACCAAACAAGACUCCCCCAUCUACGCCCUUUGUGAAGAAUGGCAUCUCGUGGUCGAUAACGCCCCUGACAACGUCGCAUCCGAGGGCAUCAAAGCGUUACUCACCGCGGUUCAUGCGAUAGUAGUCCAACAAGCCGAAGAGCAGAAGCAGAAGAAAAGGGCGGACUCGUCGUAUAAAGUGCUCGAGAAAAAAAUGUCCGUGCUCCGGGCUCUUGAACGCAAGUUUGGCCCGUUUUCAAGCUCGUCAAAUGGGAAGGACCAUGUUGGGGACAAACGGGCCAAGGUGGAGUCGUUGAGGGCGAAGACUGAGGAAGAGAGAGGCAAAUACGAGAAAACGAUCAAGGUAACGAGAGCCAUGACUUUGAGUAACUUACAAAUCGGAUUGCCUCAUGUUUUUCAAGCGGUGACGGGUUUUGCUAACGUGUGGACCCAUGGGUUCGAGUCUGUCUACAACCGAGCCAAGCGGCCGGAGGAGGUGCAUGAUGUAAAGAGGCUAAUGCUUUAGGGCAGGGUUGUUGUAAGACUUUAGUGUGUUUUGGCACAUCACUGAGACACAUGUGUUAACAUGUGUGCGCCAAAAGGUUUGGACUUUAAAGUGUGUUUUGAUUCCAUUUUGAUCUUUUUGUUUUAGGACAUGUUCGAGGCAUGAGAAAAAAGUGAAAGGAAUCUAAAGAGAAUUCGCCACUUGAGACAAAUUAGACAACCAAAAUAAAACAUUAUGAACGGUUUAAAGGGCAUCCUUGCUUCU